GAGAGAAGGAACACCUGGAGCCACUCGAGACCCCUAGGAAACAGCUCUCAGGCCUGGGUGACUAAGGUCUCAUCCAGGGUCGCCGGGGGCUUGGACGGGUGAGCGAGAGUGAAGGGUACAGGAGAAAGUCCCUGCACACUUCACUUAGGGAGGGCCGGGGUAAGUGACUUUUGAACUGCGGGGUUUCACCCACAGAGGCUGGGACACCCAGGGGACAACAGCGAGGGACCGGGCAGUCCAGCCUUGACCCCUGCCCGGGGGCCCAGUCACGGGGCCGGCGGUGGGGGGCAGGGCUAGGGCCUCGGGGCGUGCCUGCUCUGGUAGCUGAUUGGCUGGCGGGACGAGAACCGGGCGGGUGCAGGGGUGCGGCGCGGAGACGACUACCCCCGCCCCGCGCCCCCCUCACCGGGCACUCCCCGGGCUCCAGGCGGGUGCAGGGGUGCGGCGCCGAGAGCAUCCCCCCUCGCAUCCACCACUCCCCCGGCCCCAGCCAGCGGCGCCCCCCGGCUGUCCGGGCCCGGUGCGUAGGCCUGGUCGAGGGCCCCCUGCCUCCGGGACGGGAGGGGAGGGUCCCGGACUUCAGUCCCAGACGGCGGGGAUCGAGAUGGCCUCCGUGCGGAUCCGCGAGGCCGAGGAGGGAGACUGUGGACAUAUCUUGAGGCUGAUUCGGGAACUGGCCGAGUACGAGAAACUCUCGGACCAGGUGAAGAUCAGCGAAGAAGCCCUGAGAGCCGAUGGCUUCGGAGAGAACCCUUCCUAUCGCUGUUUAGUGGCGGAGGUUUUCUCGGCCCCCGGGGAGCCGCAGGGGCCCCGUAUGGUGGGUUAUGGGCUGUAUUACUUCACCUACAGCACUUGGAAGGGGCGUAACGUUUACCUGGAGGACAUCUACGUGACGCCGGAAUAUCGGGGUCAGGGGAUUGGCUCAAAAAUAAUCCAGAAGGUGGCUCAGGUGGCCCUGGAUCAGGGCUGUUCCCAGUUCCGCCUCGCAGUCCUGGACUGGAACCACAGGGCCAUGGCCUUGUACAAGGCCCUAGGAGCCCAGGAUAUGACCGAAACUGAGGGCUGGCACGCCUUUCGGUUCGAGGGAGAGGCCAUGAGGAAGUUGGCGGGAAAGUGAGGCCAUCCCUUGGGGAUCUCCGUGGUCCACCCUCUCCUUCCCCACCAGCUCAAGCACUCCGCAGAGACUCGUGUCCACUGGCACAGGCCUCCCUGAAGGAAGAGAGGCUGGAAGAGGCUAUUCCCAAACUAUGGACAGAGCAGAAUUGAGGGAGAGGCCUUUCCACCUCCUUGUUGAGGGUGAGAAAUAAAGGAGAAUUACCGUAAGUGUGGUGCUGGCA